CCCCAGCAUGGCUGCGCCCGUGGGACCGGUGAAGUUCUGGCGACCCGGUACAGAGGGGCCAGGCGUCAGCAUCUCUGAAGAGAGACAAAGUCUUGCUGAAAACUCUGGGACCACCGUUGUUUAUAACCCUUACGCUGCCCUUUCAAUAGAGCAACAGAGGCAGAAGCUGCCAGUGUUCAAGCUUAGGAAUCAUAUUUUAUACUUGAUAGAAAACUAUCAGACUGUGGUGAUCAUUGGAGAAACGGGAUGUGGGAAAAGCACGCAGAUUCCUCAGUACCUUGCAGAAGCUGGCUGGACCGCCGAAGGAAGAGUGGUAGGAGUGACCCAGCCUCGGAGAGUGGCUGCUGUUACAGUUGCAGGGAGAGUAGCUGAGGAAAGGGGUGCAGUGCUGGGCCAUGAGGUGGGCUACUGCAUUCGCUUUGAUGACUGCACUGACCUGCUGGCUACGCGAAUUAAGUUUCUUACUGAUGGAAUGCUGGUCAGGGAGAUGAUGGUUGAUCCAUUGUUAACAAAAUAUAGCGCCAUCAUGCUGGACGAGGCUCAUGAGAGGACCUUGUACACUGACAUUGCCGUUGGCUUGCUAAAAAAGAUUCAAAAAAAGCGAGGGGAUCUUCGAUUGAUUGUGGCUUCAGCGACUCUGGAUGCAGAGAAAUUUCGAGAUUUCUUCAAUCAAAAUGAAACCAGUGACCCAACUAGGGAUACAUGUGUGAUCCUUACAGUGGAAGGGAGAACAUUUCCCGUGGAUAUUUUUUAUCUACAAAGUCCUGUUCCAGAUUACAUCAAAUCAACUGUGGAAACGGUUCUGAAAAUACACCAGACGGAGGGAGAUGGAGACAUAUUAGCGUUUCUUACUGGCCAGGAAGAGGUAGAAACUAUUGUUUCCAUGCUGAUCGAGCAGGCUCGAGCACUAGCUCGCACUGGGAUGAAGAGACACCUCCGAGUUCUCCCCAUGUAUGCAGGACUGCCUUCCUUUGAGCAAAUGAAAGUGUUUGAAAGGGUGUCACGCAGUGUCAGAAAGGUGAUAGUGGCCACAAAUGUGGCAGAAACCUCCAUUACAAUCAGCGGGGUUGUGUAUGUGAUUGACUGUGGCUUUGUGAAGCUUCGAGCUUACAAUCCCAGGACGGCUAUCGAAUGCUUGGUGGUGGUGCCAGUGUCCCAGGCGUCAGCCAACCAGCGAGCAGGACGUGGUGGUCGCAGCCGCUCGGGAAAAUGUUACCGCCUUUAUACAGAGGAAGCCUUUGACAAGUUGCCUGAAUCCACCGUUCCUGAGAUGCAGCGUAGCAAUUUGGCACCCGUUAUCCUGCAACUGAAAGCACUGGGAAUUGACAAUGUACUCAGAUUCCACUUCAUGUCACCCCCUCCAGCACAGUCAAUGGUUCAAGCUUUGGAGUUGCUCUAUGCUCUGGGAGGUUUGGACAAAGACUGUCGCCUAACUGAACCGCUCGGCAUGAGAAUAGCCGAGUUUCCUUUGAAUCCCAUGUUUGCCAAAAUGCUGCUUGAAUCAGGAAAUUUUGGUUGCUCUCAGGAAAUUCUAAGCAUUGCGGCCAUGAUGCAGAUCCAGAAUAUCUUUGUGGUUCCCUCAAACCAGAAGUCUCAGGCAAUUCGAGUGCACCGUAAAUUUGCUGUGGAGGAGGGCGAUCACCUCACUAUGCUCAAUGUGUAUGAAGCAUUCAUCAAACAUAAUAAGAACUCUCAGUGGUGUCAGGAACAUUUCCUGAAUUACAAGGGUCUUGUUAGAGCUGUGACUGUACGAGAACAACUGAAAAAACUUCUUGUCAAAUUUCAAGUGCCCAAGAAUUCCAGCGAAGGUGAUCCAGAUCCAGUUCUCAGGUGCAUUGUUUCGGGAUUCUUUGCAAAUGCUGCGAGGUUUCAUUCUACAGGAGCUUAUAGGACUAUCCGCGAUGAUCACGAGCUGCACAUCCACCCUGCCUCCGUCCUCUACGCAGAGAAGCCACCUCGCUGGGUCAUCUACAAUGAAGUUAUACAAACCUCCAAGUAUUAUAUGAGAGAUGUGACUGCCAUUGAAUCUGCCUGGCUGUUGGAGCUGGCUCCACACUUCUAUCAACAAGGAACGCAUCUGUCGCUGAAAGCCAAAAGGGCCCGGGUCCAGGACCAGUGAGCAGAGCUCAGCUGCAGCCUCAGAGGCUGCUUGGUGUCCUCCUCCGCGCUGCUGUCCCAGCUCCAGGCGGUGAGCGGGCACCAGCUCCUGUGGAGCCUUAGCUGCUCUGGUGUGGGCUGCAGCCUGUUCAUUAGCACCAUUCUUCCCGCCGACCUCAGCACUUGCAUUCCUUGCUGAGGUCCCGGAGGACUUUGUGCAUGGGCAGGCAUACUGCUGCACCGUACCCGGGCAGAGCGAGAGUUGGCUGGGCCAGCCUUCGGGUCACUCUGCACGCUCACUCACCCAGCAUGCCACUUCCAGUGGGCACAAGACCUGGCCGGGCUUCAUGGGAAAGGAGGAGGAAACUUGGUCACUGAAGGUUGAAGCACCAUGUCGGGGACAGAGGGUUUGCCGGGCUGGUUGUAUUUUCCCUGCUGGGGCUGCCAGUGACGUCUGCUGUCAAGUGUGAACAGGCACAGGUCUACGAAGGAAUGAGACCUUGGAGGUGCUGCGGGUCUCUGCCAAAAUCACCGAGGCUCAUGUCUGGCGGGCCCAGGACCUCCCAGAGAAGCAGCUUCUGUGUGUUGGCUGCCUGUGGCCCUGUUGGUCUGUGGCCAGGAGACUUGCGCAGGGAUGGUGAUCAGCAGAGAGGAGCUGUGCACUGUCCUGUGUGAGUCCAGGAUUUCUUGUUUCACAAGUGGGCUUAGCUUCCCCUCAGAGUGCAGUACCAUGUCCUGGUGCCACUAGCUAGAACCAGUGACAGUUUAUCAGCUCAGACCCCUUGGGGGCUCCUCUUUAGCUGGAAUUCACAACAGUUUAGAUGCUCUAAACUUCCGUAGCUCAGGAACAUAACUACUAUAUACCUGAUUUUUGUUUGCUUGGAUUCUUGCCAGGGCAUGUGGGGGCGACUUUUCCAGCAGGCACUGGUUUCACUGUUGCCCAGGGCUGCUUCGCUGUGACAAUGUUUUCCCCUUACGGUUUCAAUGACAUUUAUUUUAAAAACAUAUAGCUUGAAAAUUUAUUUUUGUACUAAUACUAGUUUGGAUACACCACUUUUGGCACCAAACAUGUAUGUCAUUUUUAUUUCUGUUUUAUAAACGUGUAAAUAAUAGCAAUAACUUGUUAAUAAUAGUAACCCUUUAUACCUAAAGUAAAUGUAUUUCCUCCCA